AUGCCCACCUCAUCGGGCUGGGAGAAGGGCGAAGAAGGGCGCGAAGAGGCAGCGAGCGCACGCCACCGUGUGCGCGAAAUCAUCUCCGACAAACGCGUCAUCGAAGGUGGAGUCACCGUGGUGUGCAAGAAGACGCAAUCAAAGAACGAAGAACUUGGCAACGUUGGUCGAAGAGUCUUCAUGCCAACAAAUGAAUGCGUAGGAACUGCCCGACUACCACCUAACAUGCCAACAUACCUCACAGUAGCAGCAGCACCGCCUCCCACCGAGCCACCCCGAUUGUUGUGUACCGUCUAUUGGGACGAUAUUAGUGCCAAAGAGGGUCCAUGGCAUAUUGCAAUAGGAACUGUGGAGAAACCCAUGAUGACACACUAUCGACUAUUGGAAAGACGCCUUUAUUGA